CCAUGUGAUCCAUCAAGACUCAUGUCUACCCCUAAUGUCCCGCUUCACCACUCAUUUCACAUGAACUUUCCUGCUUAUCAAUCUAUAUAUGCACAUAGAAGUUGGUUCACGAGAGCAAAGCAACAUAACUCUUCACAUCUUCAAGUGUAUAGCUUUUGCUUAUUCUGCAAGUUUUUUUAGCCAUCUUCUUUGUUCAUUCCCGGUGAUGUACACAUACAUAUAAGAUCAUGGGUUUCCGUCUGCCCCGAAUUGCUCAAGCUAAGCGAAUUCUUCGAGGAUCACUCUUCAUGGCAAACCAAGAUGCUUCAAUGACUGUAGAAGUUCCAAAGGGCCAUUUUGCCGUUUAUGUUGGAGAAAAUCAAAACAAGAGAUUUGUGAUUCCGAUAUCAUACUUAAAUAACCCUUCAUUCCAAGGGCUGCUAAGUCAAGCUGAAGAGGAAUUUGGAUUUGAAAAUCCAAUGGGUGGUCUUGUAAUUCCCUGCAGAGAAGAUGUGUUCGUUGACCUAAUUUCUAGUUUGAACAGGUCAUGAAAGAGUACUCUAGCAUAAUUCAGUACUUAACAAUUUUGUAUAGCAGGCAUAACUAGUAAAUGAAACUUUGAUUUUCUUUGAUGCGAGCCAUGGAAGAUAGUUCUGUAUUUGAAAAGAAAGUGUGUACAGUCUUAGAAUUUUUACAAAUUCUUUAUAAAAUGAUAUUCAGUACAAA